AAGACGACUGUGAUAAUGGGAGUCAGUGGAAAAGGAGUGUGGAGCGUUGGGUGGAUUAUUCAAGCUAUCGUCAACGACAUGAAGAGUUCAUAUCCAGUGUGGGAAGACUUCAGUGCCAAGGCCACUAAACUACACUCCCAACUCAGGACUACAGUUCUGGCAAUAGUGACAUUUCUAGAUGCCUUUCAGAAGGUGGCAGACAUGGCGACCAACUCAAGAGGUGGCACKAGGGACAUAGGUUCAGCUCUGACCAGGAUGUGCAUGAGACACCGCAGCAUUGAGACUAAAUUACGCCACUUAACCAAUGCUCUUAUGGAAGGCCUAGUCACUCCUCUCCAGGACAGGAUAGAGGAAUGGAAGAAGACAGCUUACCUGCUGGACAAAGACCACGCCAAAGAAUACAAACGGUCUCGUCAGGAGAUAAAGAGGAAGUCCUCAGACACUAUGAAGCUCCAAAAGAAAGCCAGGAAAGAGCUUUUAGGCCGGGGUAACCUGCGUCCCCAGCUGGACAGUGCCAUGCAGGACGUCAGUGACCUCUACCUGCUGAUGGGGGAGACAGAGAAGCAGGCGGUGCGCCGGGCCCUCCUGGAGGAGAGGGGGCGCUACUGUUCCUUCAUCAACCUUCUGCAGCCUGUGGUGAAUGGAGAGAUAGCCAUGCUGGGAGAGAUCACUCACCUGCAGGCCAUUGUUGAUGACCUCACAGUGCUGACUGAAGACCCGCACAAACUGCCCCCGGCUAGUGAGCAGGUGAUCGGGGACUUGAAGGGUUCAGACUACAGUUGGUCCUAUCAGACCCCUCCCUCCUCUCCCAGCAGUGCUGCUUCCAGGAAGAGCAGUAUGUGCAGUAUCCUCCAGAUGCCCAGCUCCGCUGCCCACCGCCUCAGCAGUGUCUCCUCCCAUGACUCAGGGUUCAUCUCUCAGGAUGCCAACACCCAUUCCAAGCCCCCCUCACCCAUGCCCUCUGACAUCACCAGCCAGAAGACAACCAGCUCAGCCUCUUCUGAGGCAUCAGAAACCUGCCAGUCUGUCAGCGAGUGCAACUCUCCCGCCGCGUUUGGCUCAUGCUCAUCCUUCGGUACCUUCCGCUCCACUCUCUCUUACACUGGCUCCGUCAGGCCURUCUCUGGCAUACUUCCUGGAUCCCCCACAUUUAACCGCUCUCCUGGAUCCAACACCCCCUCACCCACAUCAAAAGUUCCUAGCUGGAAGCACAGCGGUGAGGCCAUGUCCCCAGCAGCCAGUACACUAGCCAUGGUGCUGAUCCGGGGUCUCAGUGUAGAGCAUCAAAAGAAUAGCAGGGAAUCUCUGCAGUACUCRAGUGGCUACAGCACCCAGACCAACACACCAUCCUGUUCAGAGGACACCAUCCCCUCACAGGGGUCGGACUAUGAGUGCUACUCUCUGAACGGGGAUGCUGGCACCAGCAGGGAGGCCGACUUCGACAAGUCCUCCACCAUCCCCCGCCACAGCAACAUCGCACAGAACUACCGCCGCAUGAUCCAAACCAAGAGGCCUGCUAGCACCGCUGGGCUGCCAGCCGGAGUGAGCCCUCCUGGGGGUACGCAUGGAGAGAGUGCAGGGGGUGAUGGAGGUCGUGACGGGGGGCAUGGAACCAUCACCUCUGGAACAGCCACCAUCCGCCGAACCCCCUCCUCCAAAACGGGAGUGAGACGUACCCCUUCCACCUCGGGCCCCAUCCCCAUCCGCCCCCCCAUGGUUCCAGUCAAGACCCCCACUGUGCAAGACUCUCGAAGCUACUCCUCUGGCUACUCCCUCAGCCCCACCCAAAAGCGCAUGGGCAGCGARGAGUACCUGUAUGCAGAUGAGACUCCACCCAGUGUCCUGGAGUACAUGAAGGUCUCCCCCAAGCUGCUGAGCCUGCCUAACACCAGCACCUGGGGCUCCGAAGGGGGGCUGGAACGAAGCGUCUACGCCCAGCAGCCCCCUAGCAUGGCUGGCCUCAGCCCAGYGGAAGACUCCCAGCUGGCCGCCAACCGCCACAGCCUGGUGGAGAAGAUAGGYGAGCUGGCGGCCAGUGCCCAUGCCCUUGGUGAGGGUCAGUUCCCUUUCCCCCCUCUGGACCCUCUGCCAGCGAACCCAGUCAGGACAAACUCUGUACCCCAACACCCACAACACCUACCCCUCAAGCCCCAGGAGGGAGUGGACAUGCUGGAGUCCAUACGGAGGGGUGUGAGGCUUCGCAAGGCGGUCUCCAAUGACAGAUCAGCCCCCAGGAUACUCCAGGAUACUGCCGCAGCCUCCAGGAUACUGCGGUAGUAUCUCCUGGGACUGACCCCAGAACUGUGGUGCCCUUUCUUAUAAUAAGCUCAACCUCUAAAAUGAAUGAACACUCAUCCUAUACAGGAUAAGACUGUAUGAAAUGAAAGGGAAUCAAGUGUCAAUGUGUAAAGAUUUAAUGAAUGGCCAUGGGUGACCAAUGGAUAAAUGUCAUAUUUUAUGUUGUAUUGCUAUUUCCUAUGUUGUCUUUGGGCUUAGUGGUUUUGGUUGUCUAUUUCCUCUGUCUCCUGAUGCGUCAGGCCAGACACCUCCCCGUAUUCACAAAGUGUCUCAGAGUAGGUGUGCUGAUCUAGGAUCYGUUUAGCCUUUUAGGUCAUAAUGAAUAAGACUAUAUGGACAAGGAUGACCUGAUCCUAGAUCAGCACUCAUACGCAGAUGCUUUAUGAAUAUGGGGCUAGGAGGUCACUCCACGUAGGGGUUGAAUGCUCUGUCUCUUAUUGUGUGUGUACUAAUGCUGCAUUCACGCGCUAGUCGGAACUAGGGAARUCAGAAAUUCCCAACUAGCUAAUUGGUUAUAGUUAUACACGUGACACGUUCAAACAGUAAUAAGUCKUACAUUUAAGAGUUUCCUAGUUCCGACUAGCACGUGAACGCAGCAUAACACAGCCAUCUGUCAUCUGAAAGUGAUGGGGUCAAGUUGCUSCGUGAGCCUGUCUGUAUGUUAUGUAUUAUUAUACUGAUGUAUAUAUUACUGUUUGUAAAAUAAGCUGAAACCCAAUUGUGUAUGUCACAUAUCGGAGAAAUGUAAAAGUCAUGUAAAAUAGGACGCGAUAUGGCAGUGUUUUUAUUGGUGUACUGUACUAUCAAUAUAUUCUGCAAUUAAACCAACAAUUUCUAUAGCA